AUGUCCACCGAAGAAUCCCAGAUUCGCUCCACCCUCAACUCCUACCGCACCCACCUCGUCGCCUCCAACGCGGCUGGCUGCGCCGCACUCUACACAACCGACGGCGCGACCAUGGCGCAGAACUUCGAGACACAAGUCGGCAAGGACUCGAUCGAAAAGUGGUACAAGCUCUGUUUCUCUAUGAUUGCCUUGGACGUGGAGUUUGAGAUCCGGGAAGUGGUUGUUGCAUCGGCGGAGUAUGCUUUUGCGAGGACAACGUCUGCUGGGAUGCAGAGGAAGUUAGCAAGUGGAGAGAGCACGAGGGAGAGCAAUCAGGAGUUGUUUGUUAUGCAGAAGGUGGGAGGGGAAUGGAAGAUUGCAAGGUAUUGUUUUUGUACGAUGAAUCCUCCUAGCAGCUAG